CUCGCGCAGCUCCGUAUAUAAAGGCGGAGGACCGGAGAAGACGGACGGCUGGGGAGCAGCAGCCCUGGGACUGUGAAUAAGACCGUAAACAGCUGUGUUUUUAUUUCCAGAAACUUUAACCGGCAACUUUUUAAACGUUUUAGAUGUUUCCGUGGUUUUUUUAAAUGCUUUUUGGGGUUCUUGCUUGAUAUUCGCGGUGUGUUUUUCCCCUCACUGCGCUCAUAAUGGCGAGCUCGGCUAACUCGAACCAAGUGCCUAAACUGUAUAGAUCAGUGAUGGAGGAUGUCAUCAGUGAAGUCCGAGAGCUUUUCCUGGACGAGGGAGUGGAUGAGCAGGUCCUGAUGGAGCUGAAAACGCUGUGGGAGAGUAAGCUGAUGCAGUCCAAGGCGGUGGAGGGUUUUCAUACGGAGGAGCAGCAGGUUCUGCAAGCUCAACAGCAGCAAGCCCAACAAGCUCAGCUGACGCAACCACAAACCCAACCACAGCAAGUCCUCCUGCCUCCAGCGCAGCAGGCUCCUCAGCAGCAGGUCAUUGUUCAGGAUCCUAAGGUUCUCCAGCACAUGAACGCCACUGGAAUGAGUGCAGCAGCCACAGCAGCAACUUUGGCUUUACCCGCAGGUGUAGCACCGAUUCAGCAACUUAUCACCCCUCAGGGUCAGAUCCUGCAGGUGGUCAGAGCUGCCAAUGGAGCUCAAUACAUCAUUCAGCCCCAGCAGCAAAUGCUGCUGCAGCAGCAGGUUCUGCCACAGAUGCAGCCUGGAGGUGUGCAGGCCCCCGUCAUACAGCAGGUGUUGACUCCUCUUCAGGGAGGCCUUUCCCAGCAGACUGGAGUCAUCAUCCAGCCGCAGCAGAUUGUCCUCACAGGAAAUAAAGUACAGCAGAACACUCAGGUCAUGCAGGCAACAGCGAUGGCUGUGCAGCCGGAACAGGGAACUGCGCAUGUGCAGGCUCAAGCACAGGCACCGCAACAACAGCCACAGCAGCAACAGGCCUCGCAGCAACCUCCCAUGGUGCUCCAGGUGGACGGUGCAGGAGACACGUCCUCGGAGGAGGACGAAGAGGAGGAGGACGAGUAUGAUGAGGACGAGGAUGAAGACAAAGAGAAAGAUGGUGGAGAGGAUGGCCAAGUGGAGGAGGAGCCAUUAAACAGUGGAGAUGACGUCAGCGAUGAGGAAGAUCAGGAGCUGUUCGACACUGAGAACGUGGUGGUUUGCCAGUAUGACAAGAUUCACAGAAGUAAGAACAAAUGGAAAUUUCACCUGAAAGACGGGAUAAUGAAUCUGAACGGGCGGGAUUACGUGUUCUCCAAAGCCAUUGGAGAUGCAGAGUGGUAAAUGGUAAAGAACAAAACCCAGAACUGUCCACUCUUAAGGCAAGACACAUCGAGACCUGAAACUGUAUGUUUCAGGAGAUUCCCACUUGGGGGGCUGAAGAGUAACGUCCCAGUGCUACUGUGCUGUUUAAAUGAUAUCGGCACAAAAAUAACGUGUGCCAUCCAAGAGAUUUGUUUCUUUCUUUUCCCCCUCCUUUUAAGAAGGCCCUUUUACCUGAAGAGUUUCACAGGAGUCCGUAACUUCUAUUUUAGAACAAUAUUCUUGCCCCUCAGAUGUAUGAAAACUUUAGGGCGAAGGGAGCCAAUUUGAGCGCCUGGCGCUAGCUUAAGUUGACUCGGGUGUGUUAAGACGGCCAGUUUUUACUGCAGCCGUGCGUGUUUGUUGGUGAUUUCCGUAGCUAGGUCAGCCAUCUGAAUCCUGUGUAAAGUGAAUCGUCCAACUCACGAGGACUAUUUCAUCACCAUUUGCCACCUUAUACAAACACUAAAAACAAGCAACCAAGAACUGUGUUCCAAUAAUUCCCUUUCAUAUUUGCUAUGUUUUUAGACCUUUGUAUGUUCAACAGCAGAGAUACCAAUGAAAACAGGCAAGUUAAGUGUAACGUUGUCGAUCUCACUAAAUUGUUCGCGUGUUUGUACGUCUGUCAUGGAUUUUUCUAACUGUACUCUGGCUAAAGAUCUGCUCUGUCAGUAUGAUGCAUGUUUUUGGGCAGUGCAUCACAGAGCUCGUGUUGUCCUGCGUGUGUUUGUGUGCAAUUAUUGCGUUAGGUGUCAAUGAAGUGCUCGGUCAGGCCACCCUUCAUUCUUUACUUGCGGUCAGGCUUAUUUUACACAUUUCUAGUAGUUUGUAUUUAUUCCUGAAGCUCAGGCAGCGUUGAAUUUUGGGGGGAUGAAACCGAACUGUGCUCUUAAUGAAAGAAGUGCUCCUUUCAGCCCGUUCUCUGCUGAGGAGGAUUUCAACACCUGAUUCUGUGCAUUGUGGAGCUUUGUUAGUGGUUUUUUGUUGUUGUUUUUGUAUUUUUUUUUUUUGUCCUCCCAUAUUUAGUUUUAUAGUAUUUAGUCUGACUUUUUAAUCUGUGCCCUCAUUCAGUCUGCAAAAUGACAGGUUGUUGUGUUCUGUGUCUGUAUGUUCUGCAGUUGAAAGUAUUGAUAUGUUUUGUUAAAUUAUGUCCAUGCUAUGUUUGUUCAAUGAACUGGCUUGGACGGGGCUUUUUUUUUAAAGUGUAGUUCAUUAUGCUCCUUGUUUGUGCCUUUCAGAUUUAAUUUAGGUAUCAGGUCUUUUGUCUAAAGGGGAGAGCCUUUAACAAACCCUACGAACUGUACAUUUCGCUUUGCUUUUCUAAUGGUAAGUAAAGAGUACUUCAGAACUACUGUCUGGGUUAUGUGAGGGAACGUAAUGUUUAUUCAUAUACUGUUUUACCAAUCAAACUGCUCUGUCUCUGAUUCUCAUCUCUAUGAAGGUUGUGUUAUGUAAGUAGAGAUCUUUAGUAUUUUGUUGAAACCAUUGAGUUUUAUUAUUUUUGCCUUUGCUGAACUUUAUUAAAGCACUAUUAAAAUUGACUCUCA